CGUCGACCUCUACGUGGUCAGCUUGGGUGAAAUGUCCUUUAAGCUCCAAAAUGCUCCAAAGUCAUAGCUUUACUCCGAAAUGCACUUGAACCUGAAAACAUACCUAGAAGAGUAGAAAACAUAGAUAUAUAUAUAGUAAAACACCUAUAUACCAUGGAUGAGAACGGGUCAAAUCCAAGGUAUAUCACAAACCAACAGAUAUGAUGAAACAAUGAAUCAAUUGAUGUGUCAACUAUAAAACUCAAUAAAUCAUAGUUUUGCUCAAGUCAAUUUUGAAUACAUCACCAUUAAACUUCCAAACUCAAGAACAUAACGAAGUUAAGGCUUAAUACUUGACGAUCCAUUAAAUAGCCUAGGUAUCCAUCAUCUAGGGAUUGGAAUUGGAAGGGAUGAGUUCACCUGAGCAGGCGAAGACAUGAGCUGAGGCGAAUCGAAAAUGUCAAUAUGCGGCGGCGAACUCGUAAGAGGAGGCGUUUGAUCACCAAAGGCUUAAGCUGCUCGACACGUUACGAGCUGCCGGAGCCAUCGGAUCUUCACCAGACGAGCAUGACGAUGCAGCCGAUGAGAACAGCUAUGGAGGUGAAUAUAACAAUGGCGAAUUGACGAUUCUCGAUGAGCAUCGAGCUCAAUUCGGUGGCGACGGACUCAUAAGCGGAGGCGUUGGCCAGGUUGGAGACGAUGAUGGGUUCUCCAUUUCUUUUGAUUAGUUAGGGUACAAUAGUCUUUUACCUAUUAAAAUUUUAAUGAUAAAAUUGAAAAGUGUAAAGUUGAAAAGUGGUAUUAGGAAAGUGGUAUUAGUGGCAAUUCCCCUAAAUUAAAAUUCAAAUACAAAAUAAACCAAAAGUAAAAAAUCACUGUAAUAAAUUGUCAAUAACGAAAAUAAACUAACACAAAUCACAUCAACUAAUUUUGGUUCUCUCUGCCAUCAUUCACUUUAUUUUCUUUAGGUGGCAUAGUGAAAUCUUCAUCAAAAUCUAAAAAUCACAAAUAUAAAACUAAAAAGAAAAAACCUAACCUUUUUUUUUAUCAGCACCUAAUUUCUUAAUUAGAAAUUUAAAAUAUAAAACAUAAUCUAAAAACAUAAUUAAAAACUUAAAAAAAAAAGAAAUAAAAGUUAUUUAUUGGUUCAACCGGUAUCAAAUUUUGGGUUUUUGUGGGUUUUUAAAUAUUGGAGUUUUCACAAAAUCCAAACCGAUUUUUUUCUGGGUGAUUCAACCGGGUCUGGUUUCAAAACAAAAGCACUACUCGCAUCACCGACUGCGAUUUCACAAAACGACAUGUGAUAAAUGGGCUAGUAUUGUUAGUUUAAUGGGCUUUUCGACACUUGCUCCGCAAGCUACUUGUCUUCGUUGAGCAGAACAGAAAAAGGAAAUUGGUAAAACCUUUAUCGUCUAUAUAAACAAUCUCAGACUCCUCUCACUCGCACCAAUCCGCAUUCUCUCUCUUUCUAUCUUUUAAAUUGUCUCUGAAGAAACAAUGGCUAUUUCCGAUGAUCUUCCUCCUCAACUUACGAAAGAUGUCAAGAGACGAAGCAGAAAAAGAAGAACCGUGAAAAGUAAAGACCUUGAAGUACUGAUCAGCGUCGCUACAAGGGCCGCUCAUAUCGCAAGAGACAAAGGGUUUCACGUCGUCUCUCCUGAAGCCAUACGAUGCGUCGAAGUUCUCAGAAUGAUGCGAAGCUUGCCGUUGACUCCUCGGGUUAUCGUCAAAACAGAUGCCUUGCGCUCUCUUCGAUUCCUCGCCACUAACGGUAACCCUAAAAUCAGAUCAGAGUCGAAGUCCCUUCUUAAUCACUUGAAGGGUGUGCUUGCUGCAAGUAGUUGAAGAAAAGGGUUUUCCUUGGAGAGAGUAUAAAGACUAGGGUUUAAUUUCUGAUAACAAAUUUUGUUACCAAUUCUUGUUGUCUAGUUCAAAAUUUUGAACAUGUUUGUAUCAAAUUGAUUGGUUACUAUAACAAAGUUGCAUGGCUGAGGAAGACAGAGAAUGGGUUAAAUAGAGAUGAUAUUUUAAUAUGUAACACUUGUCCUGGUUUAUCUCACCCUUGUUCUUAUCUGUUUACGCAUGUUCUCAGUUUGGACUUUUUUUUUUCUGCAGGCAAUGUAACGUAUGUACAAGUGAAACGCCUAAAACGACGAUUGUACGAAUACUUUAUGAUAACACCCAACAAAUUUGUUUUUCUUUUAUAGAAAGAAAGAUGAAAAAAUAACAUGAAAGACGGAAGACGAAUGUAAGAGGAGGGUGGAGUAUAUUUUGUGCUCAGAUGAGCUCAAGGAACAAUGCUUCUUGUUUGCUGCUCAAACCAAGAUGGUUCAGAGUGGACUCACUUUCCCCAUCCCCAAACGCAUGACGAGGGUAAGGUCUCACCUGUUUCAUCACCACACCAAAACUUAGACCAAGGACAACACCCGGACAAGCAUAGCGUAUUUGGCUUUACACUAUCUUUACGCAUUA